GCUGUGGUUCCUGCAGAGGCUGGAGCACCCCGUCAGAGUAACGCGGGGGCAGCAGUCGCACCAGGGGGGAACCUGCACCCGCACACACUUCCCCCCGGAGAUCCUGAGGAAAGAUGACUUUCUACGAUGGCAUUUACCCAUUCUACCCCCUACAAAGAACCUCCUUUAUCUUCAGCACCCACCUCCUCACCAUUAUCCUGGUCUUCCUGGUCCUCAUGGUCAGCUUCCUUCUUAUUCUGCCAGGUAUCAGAGGCAAGUCGAGACUAUUCUGGAUGUUCAGAAUCAUCAUCAGUUUAUUCAUAGGCAUUGUGAUAGUGGCACUGAAUUUCACCAGCGACUGGGCUGAGGCCCGAGCCACCACCAACACCACCUACAAGUCCUUCAGCAGUGAGGAGGUGAACGCUGAAGUGGGACUGCACAUAGGACUGUAUGGUAUUAACAUUACUUUAAAAGGGAAUCCUGUGAAUCAACUCAACGAGACCAUCAACUACAACGAGAUGUUUGCGUGGAAAGACACCAUCGAUGAGGAGUACGGGAACGCCUUAGAGAGAGGUCUACCUAACCCCAUCCUCUAUAUCGCUGAGAAGUUUACCCUCAACAACCCCUGUGGCCUCAUCUACCAGUAUAGAUACUCUGGGCGUUAUGCCUCGGCCACCCUCUGGACAGCGUUCUGCUGCUGGCUGGUAGCCAACGUGCUGUUCUCCAUGCCUGUCAUCCUGUACGCCGGCUACAUGAUGGUGGCCACCGCCGCUUUCAUCUUCUUCUCCGUGGCCUCCUUCUCCACCAUCAUGAACCUGCCUACCUGUCUGUUCACCAUAGGCACCUCUGGGGCCUUCCAGACAGAGUACAGCGGUUCUUUCUGGCUGGCACUGGCCACAGGUGUGCUGUGUUUAAUCAUUGGAGUCCUGGUGGUUCUGCUGGACUGUCUGAUCCCUGGGAAGAUACGAGACGCCUUCAGUGUCGGGGUGGACAACGACGAAGAUGAGGAUGUUUAUUUUGGAGAGGGAUACCUGAACUCCAACUUCCUGGCAGGAGUAACCACCACACCUUUGACAACCUUAGUGCUUCCUACAGAUGAAAUUCGGAAAGUCAGCCGCCAACCAUCACUCCAGGAGCUGUCAGUCAGACUCUAACAGAGUCGGAUUUAUAACCUCCUAUCCCCUGCUUGAAAUGUCUCCACCCGCGCUAUCGAAUCGCUAGCUUUUUGGCAGCGUAGUUGGCUAAGACGUUGUCAAGUGUGUUUGCGGGGCAGAGGUCCCAGGUUCUAGGCGUGAGCUGGAUGGGGAGGAAGUGGUAUGGCUAAGCUAACACGGUGAUGGAGGAAGUGGUAUGGCUACGCUAGCAUGGUGUUGGAGGAAGUGGUAUGGCUACGCUAGCACGGUGAGGAAGUGGUAUGGCUAAGCUAGCAUGGUGUUGGAGGAAGUGGUAUGGCUACGCUAGCACGGUGAGGAAGUGGUAUGGCUAAGCUAGCACAGUGAGGAAGUGGUAUGGCUAAGCUGGCACAGUGAGGAAGUGGUAUGGCUAAGCUGGCACAGUGAGGGAGGAAGUGGUAUGGCUAAGCUAGCACAGUGAGGAAGUGGUAUGGCUAAGCUAGCACAGUGAGGAAGUGGUAUGGCUAAGCUAGCACAGUGAGGAAGUGGUAUGGCUAAGCUGGCACAGUGAGGGAGGAAGUGGUAUGGCUAAGCUAGCACAGUGAGGAAGUGGUAUGGCUAAGCUAGCACAGUGAGGAAGUGGUAUGGCUAAGCUAGCACGGUGAGGGAGGAAGUGAUAUGGCUAAGCUAGCACUAUCACAAGCACAGUGACAUCUGUGUCGGUCACGCCAAACAAUAUUCUCUCAACUUGAAAAUCAAUUAUCAUUGCAGUUACCAAGAAAAAUGUGUUUAACUUUGUGAAUUAGUUGUGAAUAUCUCUGGGAGCCCUUUAAACCUACUGUACAAUAUAUUUAGUUAUGUAAAUCAUGUAUAUACGUAUAACGUGUUCUACUCUGUCAAUGCCAUAAUAUGUACUGUAUAUGUGUUGUAUCUGUGCCAUUUUUCAUGUUCCAAUAGCGUAACAAAAAUUAAACAAACGUGUGUGAGAUUCACAUACUUUUAAUGGACAU